GCGCCGUCGGGCGGGGCGGCGGCGGACUAGCCGGCCUGAGCUCAGAGCCGGAUCCCGGCCGCGGCAACCAUGUCGGCGCCGUCAGAAGAAGAGGAGUAUGCUCGGCUGGUGAUGGAGGCGCAGCCCGAGUGGCUGCGCGCGGAGGUGAAGCGGCUGUCUCAUGAGCUUGCCGAGACCACGCGCGAGAAGAUCCAGGCGGCUGAGUACGGGCUGGCGGUGCUCGAGGAGAAGCACCAGCUCAAGCUGCAGUUUGAGGAGCUCGAGGUGGACUACGAGGCCAUCCGCAGCGAGCUGGAGCAGCUCAAGGAGGCAUUUGGACAGGCACACACAAAUCAUAAAAAGGUGGCUGCGGAUGGUGAGAGCCGGGAGGAGAGUUUGAUCCAGGAGUCGGCCUCCAAGGAGCAGUACUAUGUGCGGAAGGUUCUGGAGCUACAAACAGAGUUGAAGCAGCUGCGCAAUGUACUCACCAACACACAGUCUGAGAAUGAGCGCCUGACAUCCGUGGCCCAGGAGCUGAAAGAGAUCAACCAGAAUGUGGAAAUCCAGCGGGGCCGCCUGCGGGAUGACAUCAAGGAGUACAAGUUCCGAGAGGCCCGCCUGCUGCAGGACUACUCGGAGCUGGAAGAGGAGAACAUCAGCCUGCAGAAACAGGUGUCAGUGCUCAGGCAGAACCAGGUAGAGUUUGAGGGCCUCAAGCAUGAGAUCAAGCGUCUGGAGGAGGAAACUGAGUACCUUAACAGCCAGCUGGAGGAUGCCAUCCGGCUCAAGGAGAUCUCAGAGCGGCAGCUGGAGGAGGCAUUGGAGACACUGAAAACAGAGCGGGAGCAGAAGAACAGCCUGCGUAAGGAGCUGUCACACUACAUGAGCAUCAAUGACUCCCUUUAUACCAGCCAUCUGCACGUCUCCCUGGAUGGACUCAAGCUCAGUGAGGACACUGAGGGCCUGGCCAAUGGCUUUGAGCACGGUGGGCUGGCCAAGCUGCCACUGGACAACAAGACCUCCACACCCACCAAGGAUGGCCUGGCGCCCCCACCCCCCAGCCUUGUGUCCGAUCUCCUCAGUGAGCUCAAUAUCUCUGAGAUCCAGAAGCUGAAGCAGCAGCUGAUGCAGAUGGAGCGGGAGAAAGUGAACCUCCUGGCCACGCUGCAGGACACGCAGAAGCAACUGGAACAGGCACGGGGUUCCCUGUCAGAGCAGUGCGAGGAGGUGAGCCGUCUCACAGAAAACCUGAGUGCUCUGAGGCGCCUCCAGGCUGGCAAAGAGCGUCGGACAGCCCUGGACAGUGAGAAGGAACGCGAUAGCCAUGAGGAUGGUGACUACUAUGAGGUGGACAUCGACGGACCCGAGAUCUUGGCCUGCAAGUACCGUGUGGCCCUGGCAGAGGCCAGUGAGCUCCGGGAGCAACUGAAGGCCCUGCAAAACACACACGAGGCUGGUGAGGUCCAUCAUGCUGAAGAGAAGGGUCGGCAUGAGGCUGAGCGCCAAGCACUCACAGAAAAGGUCUCCCUGCUGGAGAAAGCCAGCCGUCAGGACCGUGAGCUGCUGACGCGGCUGCAGGCGGAACUGAAGAAGGUGAGCGAUGUUGCAGGUGAGACACAGGGUAGCCUGAGUGUGGCCCAGGAUGAAUUAGUGACCUUCAGUGAAGAGCUGGCCAACCUGUACCACCAUGUGUGCAUGUGUAACAACGAGACGCCCACCCGUGUUGUGUUGGACUAUUACCGUGAGGGCCCUGAGGCUCGUGGGCGCCGCUCGCCCAUCCUGCCCAAGGGGCUACCAGCUACAGAGGCUGGGCCUGGGGAUAACAGCCCCUCAUCAGGCUCUUCGCUGCCCUCUCCUCUGAGUGAUCCACGCCGGGAGCCCAUGAACAUCUACAACCUGAUUGCCAUCAUACGAGACCAGAUCAGGCACCUGCAGGCGGCUGUGGACCGCACCACAGAGCUGUCACGGCAGCGUCUGGCCUCUCAGGAGCUGGGCCCCUCUGCUGACAAGGACCGGGAGGCGCUCAUGGAGGAAAUCCUCAAACUCAAGUCUCUGCUCACCACCAAGCGGGAGCAGAUCACCACGCUGCGCACAGUGCUCAAGGCCAACAAGCAGACAGCUGAGGUUGCCCUUGCCAACCUGAAGAGCAAGUAUGAGAACGAGAAGGCCAUGGUGACUGAGACCAUGAUGAAGCUGCGCAAUGAGCUCAAAGCACUCAAGGAGGAUGCAGCCACCUUCUCUUCACUGCGCGCCAUGUUUGCUACCAGGUGUGAUGAGUACAUUACACAGCUGGAUGAGAUGCAGCGGCAGCUGGCAGCUGCCGAGGACGAGAAGAAGACACUCAACUCACUGCUGCGCAUGGCCAUCCAGCAGAAGUUGGCACUGACCCAGCGUCUGGAGCUGCUUGAGCUGGACCAUGAGCAGGCCCGACGGGGCCGCACCAAGGCAGCCCCCAAGGCCAAGCCCAGCACUCCGAGCGUAAGUCAUGCCUGUGCCUGCACCAGCGAUAGGGCUGAGAACUCCGGGCUUGCUACCCAGGUGUUCUGCAGUGAGAAAUAUAACAUUUACUGAGAGCCUUGCGCUCAGCUAAUGUGCCGCACGUCACCUGUCUGCUUCUCGACUAACCCAGCAGCAGCGGGACUGCAGUGCUAGGCUGGUCUUAACCAUGACUAAUGCACAGAGGGAAGGAUCUAGCCAAGUUGGCACUGCUUCACCUGGACACGCAAGCUUUGUGUCUGCUUCUCACCUUCGGGGACGCCCUUCACAGCAUCUGCUCUCCUAGGUGGGGUCAAGAUGGGGUCGAUGCUCUGAGCCCUUGCAGAAAUAGGGCUUCCCUUCCUGGAUGUAGCUGGCUCCUGAAGGGGGCAGAACCCAAAUUGAACCUGCAUGUCCCUGCAUGUAUCUGUGCAGUCAGGCCGCCCCAGCCCCCAGCAGGCAGCUUUAAAGGUUCCGGCCUAAAUCCUAGGUGCAGCCUCAGAGGAUGCUCUGCAGUUCACAGAGAGAAUUACUUUGUAGUUUGUACACCCUCUCACUGCAAAUUGUAUCUGGGAUAAGAGUACACAGUUUCUUCCCUCAGACCCAGAGAAAGAGCAGCCUUAAGGUGCUGAGUCCUCUAGCUGAAUGUGUAGUGGCAGUUGGUCACUCUGGCUUGGCGCAGGCUUGUCUGGCCAUGCCCGAGACCAGAGUUCACAGCCUUGGCUUCUCUUUCUGGUAUCUGCAUUCCUGUCUGGUGGUCUGUGAGGUGACCGUUAACAGGCCCCAGGGCCUAGGGUGUUUUUAAUGAGAAAAACUUUCCAAGUGCCUGACCAGACUUCUGCCCUCAGCAAGAAGCCAUCCUUUUGUACUUAGGGUAUUCCCAGCUUUCAGGGCAGAUUUCUUUGUCCUCUGCCCAUUUUCAGGCUUUCUUUCCAGUGGGCUUAUUCCACAAGAAACAGGGCUCUGGAUAUCUCUGUUCUGAACCUGGUGGCUGGUGGCUGGGCUGAAAUGGCAGACCCCACACUGCAGCCAUGGCCCAGUCAGCACUGGGAAGGUGUCAGGCCUGGGUCCCUGCUGUUUUGAGGGUCCAGAGGAGGAAUGUGAGUCUGGUUAGUGCAGUUCCAGAUAGUGAAAGACAGGAAAGGCAGCAUGAGAUUCUUUCAUCUCCUGGGCUGCUUCCAAACACACCUGAACUUUGGCGUAGGCCAUCUGAGUUCACACACUUGGAAGCAGAACUUUUCAGUAUUUCUCCCCUGCCAUUGCCCCGCCUGAACCAUUCCUGACCUUGUCUCUCUGUGGCACCUAUCCUUGGCUCCCCCAACCCUCAACCCACCCUUCCUUUUGUUUCCCAAGCAUUACUCUGCCACCACUGACUCUGAAUACCGCAGGCUUGCCUGUGUUUGGGAAGCCUCUAGAAUCUGAGAGACACGAGUUAUGUGCCCCCAUCCUUGGCUGUCAGGCUACUUUGUUGACAGACACCCAGUCUUGAAUUCUCUUCCACUUGAGAAAGGGUCAGGUAUCCCCUAGCUCCUGCUCAAGCGGGACUUGGCAUGGCUGCCUGCUGACUCCACGCAUUCUUCUGCCCCCUUUGCCAGUCUGACUUGCAGCUUCUUUCUACUUGUAAGGGGUCACUUAGGCCGGCAGCCCCCUAACACAUGCAGGUAUCUCUUCUCUGCCAACUAAUAAGCUCAGUGGGGCUUCCGCUGUCUGACAGAUGACCGGUUCUAAUGAUGUCUUGUUUUCUCCCAUUUUCAGCUGUAGAGUAGCUACCAGGAGGACUCGGCCGCCGGCCCUGUCACACUGCAGCCCCCCUUCCCUCCUGUGGGCCCACGCAGAGGAAGGAAGGGAGGUCCAAAAAUCCACUUAGAAACAUUUUGGAUAUGCCACUGCAAUUCUUUUCAAAAUAGCAUUCCCGAGUUUUUAGUGGGAGAGGAAAAAAAAGCUUUAAUGUUGAGAAGCCAUGAGCUGCUCUUGGAAAGGCCUUUGUACAAAAGCUGAGGAACCUGCUUCAUAGUGACCACAGGCUCGUUUAGGAACCCGCUAGAAACUCGCAUCACAGGGUCUCCCUGUCACAGAUACUCCUUUAUCCGAUCAACCUGUGCACUUUUGAUACUUUGAUAUUAUAUUUGCUUCCUUAACCCCUUGCAUAGGGACGGUCUCAGAUGCCAUGGUGUGUCUUGCGGUCCUGUAGCCCUCUGUCUUAGCUCCCAAUGUGUUAGUCUGACAUGGGCACGUGGCACGGUGUGUCCUCUGUGCGUGUAGCUCUAGGCUGCUUAAAUGAUGGCUUCGCCAAGCCAGCGAGGCACUCACUGGCGUGUCCACGCGGUGGUUCAGCAGCCUGUUAGAUUAUACAGCAUUAUGGUUCAUGUUUGAAAUUACAGGUUUUUAAUGCCAUGUUCAUUAAGAAAUCCAGGGUAUUCCAAUUCUGGGGUUUUUCAUAUUGUAUUAUUAUUAUUCUUAGGAAUAGUUCAAUGUAACAAGAAGAAAACUUGACCUUUGCUCUGGUUACACAGUAAUAGGCACUUGAAAACAAAAGAUAAAUUAUUGAAUGAGUAGUAUUACCUACAAAUUCCAGAAUUUUCUGGGUUUUAGGACAUUGUGAAGCAUGACUGAUUAACAGAAUUUUAUACAACUGUACCAGUGAAAUUCCAAAUUGGAAUUGUUUUGUUACUCUGGUUGUUGUGCCAAAUUGUGGUACACUUAGAAAAAUUCUACAGUUGUCGAUUUUUAAGGUGUUCUAUUUUAACACCUUUUUGUUAGUAAUCAUUGCCAGUAGUGCCUUCAUCAGAUAAGGGAGGUGUCCCAGCGUAGUUUAUUCUAAUGUGGACCGUGAAGAGCUAGUUGGGAAUGCUGAAGGCCAGUGUGGACCCAUAGGUAUGAAUGGGUACACACCUUUGUACCUGAACCUGGGCAUCUUCAUUGAGGGAAUGAAACAGCAAUUGUGCAAAAUUCUGUUAGUCAGUGAUUCUUUACUGUGCAGAUCCUUGCAAAUUCAGGGGCUGAGAAAAUGAAAGUGAACAUAAAUAUUGAGUGUACUUUGGGAACCAAAUGGACUUUAUGGGACAAGUUAAGCAAGCUGUGUGAACAACACACCACGUUUGUGAAGAGCCGGGGUGGCGGGGGGGCCGGCAAUGUUGGCCUCGUCAGCAUGGUGAAGGCUAGCCAUAGUAUUCUUUGCAAAUGUGAGAAAGAGAUGUUAUAUAUUCUCUUGCUUGGUGUAACUAAUCACUGUUAAUUUCAGGAAACAGAACUCGCUGAAGCUCCUUAGCAAAUCAGGUCUGUUCUGAUUUGCUGAGUGAAGUUGGGUGAAUGGUAAAAUUGGUACUCAUAGAGGAAGAAGAAAAAGUGUCCUCUCCUCCAAAAAAAGGGUAAAUUAUAAUAAUAUAAGCAGCAAGAAUAAAAAAGAAUUCUGUUUCCUGGAAUAAGCAUUUCUUAUUCCUAGAUGUAGGGACCCCCUUUUUUACCUUCUCUUACAGUGUUGAUUCUUAAGAAAUGUUACAUUUACGAUAACUUCAUCUGUAUGGGGUAUUUAUUUGCAAUGAUGUCUGAGUACUGUAUUUUUUUUUUCUGUGCAUUACUUAGUGUCAGAAUGUUGUCUUUAUUUUAAAAGCAUAUGCAUGUUCUCCUGCCACGGAACCUUUACACAGACCCAAACAAAAAUGCUUUCAGGUUCUGAGAAAAUUAGGCAGAACAUGGAAAAGGAAUAGGAAAGAGAAAUCAGUCACGAUUUGGAACAAAGAUGGCACAAAUGUCUGCAAAGCCAGCACACAUAGGAACAGUGGGCCUGGGUAAAGGGUCAUAUUGGUAGGACCAAUAAAUAAAGAAUAAUAAAAAGACA